AUGUCCUGGGGCGGGUUCAAAAAAGCAAUCAACAGGGCCGGAGCCUCGGUCACGGUCAAGAGCGUGGACAAGACCAUGGACAAGGACUUUGACACCGAGGAACGGAGAUACAAGACACUCAAGGCGGCGGGAGACAGCUUGCAAAAGUCGUCAAAGGGCUACUUGGACAAUAUCAGGGCCGUGACUCGGUCGCAGGUGGUGAUUGCCGAGAUUGUUGCCAAUCUCUACGAAGAGUCCAAGCAGGGCCAGUCGGCAUACACGCAGUUGGGCACCUACUACCAGCAGUGUGUCACGGAGUUUGACGAGGAGACGGUGAAGCAGCUAGAUGGCCCAUACAGAGAAACGGUGUUGGACCCAGUGACGAAAUUCGCCCACUACUUUGUCGAUAUCGACGAAGCGUUAAAGAAAAGAGCCCAUAAAAAGACCGACUACGAGCAAUGCAAGUCGAAAGUGCGCAGGUUGAUUGACAAACCCAGCAAGGAUGCGACAAAGUUGCCCAAGGCCGAAAAGGAAUUGUCCGUCGCCAAGGAGAUCUACGAGGACUUGAACACCCAGUUGAAGAACGAGUUGCCCCAGUUGAUUGCGCUCAGGGUGCCCUUUUAUGACCCGUCCUUUGAGAGUUUGGUCAACAUCCAGAUGAGGUUUUGUACCGAGGGCUACUCACGCUUGGCCCAGAUACAGCAGUACUUGGACCCCAACUCGAGAGACGAGUACGCAAAUGGGAUACUAGAUGGCAAGAUUGAUGAUUUAUUGGGACAGAUGCAAUCGUUGACGAUAACCUCCUUGGCUAAAUAG